UGGAGAUAUCUUGGUAAAACACUUCCAAACAGCCAGAUCCCGUGUAUUGGAGAUUAUGUUAGGAUUGUCUGUAGUCUUUGUAACAAGUACCGGCCUCCUAUCAACUCUGGAACAUUUGAUGACGAUAUCACCAUUGCAUCAACAAUGACAAUGUUGGCCAAACAGACAAACGGACUUCAACAGUUUGUUCUUGAAAAUGGGCUUGAUAAAAGAUCCAUGAAAUGGACUUCCAUCGACGCUGACAGCAACACCAUCACCGAUUUUCCCAGGCUUACUGAGGGAGAUAUCAGAAACCUUACAAUUGGUGUCUAUCAGCUAAAGACGGCAAAAUCAUAUGCGGCAGAACAUCUUACAGAUGAUGGAUUAUUUGAAAUUUUUGUGAGCGAUGAUAUACCCAAUAUUGUCAGUGCCAAAAUUCAAAGCCGCCACACUUCAUCUAAAAAGUAUUCCUUGUGGAUAAAAUACGAUAUCACCAUCUUGUUCUGGUAUUGUACCUGUAAAAAUGGAUCCCGGGUUGUUGGAAUGUGCGGUCACAUAUCCUGUAUUAUCUGGUAUUUAGCCUUUGCUAGAUAUCAGAACGAAUCUUGCGGUAUUCGUGACUGGACAGAGGAAGUGGAUGAUGCGGCGAGAUCCAUCGCCAGCUCCGAGGAUGAGGAUACUGUCGAUUAUGAUGGACAAGAAGAGUAGUGCAAACCAUACUUUUGUUUAACGUUAAUUGACGAUAUUUAGUUAAUCACGCCCAAAAUGAAUUUAUC